UGUACGCAUGUGCAAAUAGUUAUAUCAGCUGCGUUUUAAAAUUGUACUCCUGUCAAACUGUCAAUUUAGUCCAGUCUACUUUAUUAUUAGACGAUUAACGAAAUCAUAUUAUUUAGAUUGUUACUGGAAUGGAUGUUUGUACGACUCGGAAAGGAGUUGUCAAUUUACCCGACGUUGUUAAAAAGUAAAGUACAAGAAAAGUCCGCCUAUUGUUAGGGGAAGUCCCUCUAGGAAAUCCCCUGCAGUUGUCGGAAUUAUUUCUUUCCAAAUUCAGAUGAGCCACAUCCUUUAGGCUACAUAGUUGACAUCCUCCUCAGUCUAAUUUUGAAGACAUGUUGCAUAAACUACGAACACGAACUCUAUCGAACCAAUAAGCAAAAUAAUUUAUUAAGAAAUUGAUGGAAUAUUGAAGAUUUUUCCCAAUCCCCAUCUAUCAGAAGCAAAGGUGGAAUAAGGAACAUGACUGGAAUAAGGAACGCGAUGGAUGUCAAUUUGGAUAAUGAUACACUGAAAGCAAAGAUAAGGAGCUGCAAUACAUUGAAUACUUUCUACCACGAAACUCUGCUGGAGAUUGACACAUUAAGUAAGAAAAUCUACAAAAGGGACAAUUUAAUCGCAGAUUUAAAGGCUAGGUUGGGCAAAUACGAGAAUACCUGGAUCAAUGUGGAAGGGUAUGACCACGUUGUCAUAGCACCGUCCAAAUCUUUGCUGGAAAGUUUAUGCAAAGAAAUCUGCAAACUGAAGCAAAAAUGGAAAGACACAGAAAUGAAUAUGGCUCAGCAAGCAGAGUUGAGCCAAGAAGAGAUACAGAGGUUGCGACAGCAGCUGAGGGAGAAGGAACGAGAGCUGGAGAGUGUGACCCGUCAACCGGACCACGAGAAGGACCAGGUUAUCCAGAGGCUACGCUCUGCCUUGGCCGAGAGGGACCGAGCACAGGCCACCCGUGCAGUUCUGUGCACCUCGCUGGCUGAAGAGGCCGACCAGCUCCGGAGCCAACUGGGAGCCACAGUCAGGGUGUGUCAAGAGUUACUGGGCCGACUAGAGGGAGAGAAGAAGGGAGGAGAGAGAGUGACAGAGGUGAAAAUGCAGCAGAAGGCAAAAGAGAUGUCGGAUAAUACGGAAGCGGGUCGUGGUGACACUCUGGUCAGCAAACUCCAAGAAGAGAACCAACAGCUAAAGCAAAGAGUGGCAUAUGUGGAAGGUCUGAACUCCAAAUGGCAAAAGUAUGACUCGAGCAGGGAAGAGUUUGUGAGGAGCCUGUGUAAGAGGCUGAAUGAGUCUAGUGCCCUGGCUACUAUCUCCAGCCCUGCUCCAGGUGUGGGGCCUAGGCUAGGGCCCAGGCCUACACAAGAGCCUGGGGCUGGCCUGGGCUUGUUACCUGAGUUGGCCUCAGCCAACGCUGGGUUGCUUCAGCAGGAGAUAGCCAGGCUCAACGGCCUACUGGAGGAAAAGAUGAGGGACUGUGGGAGGUUGGGGAGAGAGCUGGAUGAGAACAGGAGACGAUACCAGGAGAGUAUCCAGACGCUAGAGCAACAGGUUCUCAUCUACACAGAUGACUUUAAGUCAGAGCGGGCAGACAGGGAGAGAGCGCAGGGCAGGAUCCAGGACCUGCAAGAGGAAGUAUCUCAACUACAAGAGCAGCUACACACACAGGCACAGAGCCCUACUAGAGAUGUCGACUCCACGUUCCGAGUCCAUAUGGGACACCGGAUCUCCCCACGUAUGAGCACGGACUCGGCCGAACCACUGCUGAGGAACAGCGUUGAUCCACCUGCGACAAAACUUAAAAGCGGGACAUCACCUGGGGUGGCGUCGGCGGUAUUAGCACCCAGUCCCACCUGGACAAAGUGCCAGGGUUCGUCGGAUCUCCAAUGCCCACGAUGCUUCACCACGUAUGAUGACGCACAUGCGGCGGAGUACCUCAAUCACUGCGAGGAGUGUGCCAGACUAUAAGCUCCGGCGUGAAGUUUCCUCUAGGUACAGAUAUAGGAUCAGCUUCCGAUCCCCAAACAAAACCAUAAAGUGGGGAAAAUGCAAAACUGACCCAAGAUCAGUGUCUAGUGGCAACAUUGCCCUACUCCAAAGCUAUUAGAGUUAGUACCCCGCCCACCCCACGGGGGUGUUAAGACAAAUAUCACUAACUGAUGAUAAUUGAGCACUGAAGAAAAAGCACUACAUUCACCCUAAGAAGGGUUGGGACCAGGGAGCUUAGAAAACUGACUAGCUGUGUUCAUUAGGCACUAAAAUGGAAGAAAACGGACUGAAACAGGGAGGUACUACCUGGACUUCAGACGCUACCAUGUUUUUUGGUUGUUAAAGGACAGAAUCUAAUAGAUUAUCGAUGCAGAGUUGGAGUGUCAGUACUAGCUUGGUGGUCGUAGUGGGAGAAAUAUCGGUAGAACUUUAUUUUACAGUACAUAAAAGCCAGGUAUUUACCAGGAAACAUGGUAAAAUUAUAACACAGUAAUGACUUUGAAUUACCUGUUUUGUUUCUUUCGGAUUCGUAACAACAAACACCACUGACCACCAUUUUGAAUGGGUUGAGUUCCUAGUAAGUAUAUAAAUACCGGUGGAAUAAGUCAGUGUGUAAAAUAAAGUUUUUGUGAAAUAGCUUUGGUUUGGCAAGCCGAAGCGAUUUCCAGUGCAAAGCCACUCAUGUUUGACUACAUGAUCCAUGUCAAUUAUCACAUGAUACUGCAUGGGUGUGUUUCUGAUUGCGUGGUCUGUAGAAAAUCUAGAUGGAAAAUUGGAUGUUAAUUGCAAUAUUUGAAUGUCACAAACCUCAAUUCAAUAUUCCGGCAUCAAAUUGUUCAUCUGUUGCACUUUCCUAACCUGUUUACCAAAGUAAUCGUUAAUGUACAGAUGCAUUUAUUGGAUUUGAAAUGCAUAAGCUUCUUUCUGGUUUAAGAUAAUGUAUGAACGUUGCCUUUCGUUACCAUGGUGCUAUUUGUUGUACAGUAUAUUUUGAUGUUGUUGACAUGUUUUGUGUAAGUAAUCUAUUUUCAAUUGAACCUAUAUAUAUUCACCUAUGUGCCUGGAAAUAUGUAUUCACAGUAUUAUAUACGAUUGAAUAUUUAUUUGCUAUUAGUGGGGCUUUUUCAAAUUGGUAAAUCUUUAAAGUGCUGGGUCAAAAUGAACAUCGCCAUCAUGUUUUGAGGUGUCGUCUGAAUCCUGGCACACCAAAGCAGUAUGUUUCCCACAUCCUGGUAAGAUAAGACAGUGUGGGAGACAAAUUCUCCAUAACAUGGCACCUUAAAAAAAAGUGCCAUUUCAGAUCUGACAUUUGAAACUACAUUAGUAGAAAUGACCUCUGAACUGACACAAGUUUUAUUUUUCUAGAAGCCAUUGAUUUAUAAACAACAUGUCUGUUUUAACCUGUUUUUAUUGAAAGGAUAUUUUUGUAAUAAAAAAACUGUUGUUUGAC